AUGGGUUACUUUGGAGAGAUCAUUUGACAAGAAUAGGCAUAAUGUUUGCUAUAUUUUUUUAUACAAUUAUUGCAAUCAAUUGUGUGGCCCCAACUAAGUUAUCCAAACGACCAUUCGAGUUUGAAAUUAACAAAUUCACCUGGCACAAAUUCGAUGUUCUUGUAAAACAAUUCGAAUGUAGUAUUGUAAAACUGGCCAAUAGCAAAUACAAUACCGGCCUGAUGUUUGAACUGUCCAAGGAAAUGCCCAGGAAUUUGAAUCUGGGAUUGGUGAUUUGUGUUAAACCUCAAAAAGGUCGCAAAUUUAUAAAAUUCAUGGACACCAAAGUCAAUGUAUGCAAUCUAUUGGAGCAUGUUAUGGCCGUACCCAUAAUGAAGUACAUUAUGGAAAAAGUUACUAGAAAUAGCAAUAUCCCAAUAUCGUGCCCUUUACGAGGGACAACUAACUUUUCAGAAUUAUAUUUAUAAUAUAACAAAUGUGGAAAUUAGUUCGGAGAUCUUCCCACCUUAUACGCCAGUUACUGAAUUUAAUUUUACUUUAAACUUGCUCGACACAAAAAAAAUAUAUGCCACAUACACCAUUGAGGGAGAGACAAAACGAAUAUCGUAAUCGUAGUUACUCACGGAGUCCUUCAAAAGUUUAAAAAAUGCAGCAUAUAUUGGAUCAGCAGAUGGUGUUUGCUGAUAUCAGCAAACUUAUUUCUCUUAAAUACAUGCUUCCUUGUGUAAUUUUAUUCGAAUUAUAAUAAAAACUACGUGAACUGUACUGUGGUACAUGAUAUUAUGUA